AUGGUGUCCCAAGGAUCCUCGCCCUCCCUCCUAGAGGCCCUGAGCAGCGACUUCCUGGCCUGUAAGAUCUGCCUGGAGCAGCUGCGGGCACCCAAGACCCUGCCCUGCCUGCACACCUAUUGCCAGGACUGCCUCGCUCAGCUGGCCGAGGGCGGCCACCUCCGGUGCCCUGAGUGCCGCGAGACCGUGCCAGUCCCACCAGCCGGCGUGGCUGCCUUCAAGACCAACUUCUUUGUCAACGGGCUCCUGGACUUGGUGAGGGCUCGGGCCGGCGGAGACCUGCAUGCGGGAAAGCCAGCCUGUGCACUGUGCCCCCUGAUGGGGGGUGCGAGUGCCGGAGGGCCGGCCACGGCCCGGUGCCUAGACUGUGCUGAUGACCUGUGCCAGGCCUGUGCUGAUGGGCACCGCUGCACCCGGCAGACUCACACCCACCGGGUGGUGGACCUGGUGGGCUACCGGGCGGGGUGGUAUGACGAGGAGGCCCGGGAGCGCCAGGCGGCCCAGUGCCCCCAGCACCCGGGCGAGGCCCUGCGCUUCCUGUGCCAGCCCUGCUCCCAGCUCCUGUGCCGGGAGUGUCGCCUGGACCCCCACCUGGACCACCCCUGCCUGCCCCUGGCCGAAGCUGUGCGCGCCCGAAGGCCGGGCCUCGAGGAGCUGCUCGCGGGCGUGGACAAGAACCUGGCGGAGCUGGAGGCCGCCCGGGCGGCGGAGAAGGGAGCCUUAGCCCGCCUGCGGGAGCAAGCGGCCAGGGUGGGCGCCCAGGUGGAGGAGGCUGCCGAGGGGCUUCUCCGGGCCCUCCUGGCCCAGAAGAAGGAGGUGCUGGGGCAGCUGCGGGCCCACGUGGAGGCUGCCGAGGAGGCCGCCCGGGAAAGGCUGGGAGAGCUGGAGAGCCGGGAGCAGGUGGCCAGAGCCGCGGCCGCCUUUGCCCGCCGGGUGCUCAGCCUGGGUCGUGAGGCCGAGAUACUCUCGCUGGAGGGGGCGAUCGCCCAGAGGCUCCGGCAGCUGCAGGGUUGCCCCUGGGUGCCUGGGCCAGCCCCCUGUCCGCUGCCCCAGCUGGAGCUCCAUCCGGGGCUCCUGGACAAGAACAGCCACCUGCUGCGGCUCUCCUUCGAGAACCAGCAGUCCCAGAAGGACAGUGGGAAAGAGGGAGCCGGGAGCCAGGGAGGAGAGGAAGCCCAGGGCCACAGAGAGGAUGGGGCCAAGAUGGAGAGACAAGGUGCCGCCCAGCCCCAGAGUAGGGAUGGAGCCCAGACCCCCAAAGAGGACAGAGCCCAGGUGCCCCAGGAAAACGGAGCCCAGACCCCAAAGGCGGACAGAGCCCAGACCCCGAGAGAAGGCAGAUCCCAGGUGCCCCAGGAAGAUGGAGAAGUCCAGACUGCAGGGGGCGGCAGAUCCAACAAGAAGAGGAAGUUCAAAGGCAGGCUCAAGUCCAUCUCCCGGGAGCCCAGCCCCGCGCCCGGGCCCAACCUGGAGGGCUCUGGGCUCCUGCCCAGGCCCAUCUUUUCCUGCAGCUUUCCCACGCGGAUGCCUGGAGACAAGCGGUCUCCCCGGAUCACCGGGCUCUGUCCCUUCGGCCCCCGGGAGAUCCUGGUGGCCGACGAGCAGAACCGGGCUCUGAAGCGCUUCUCGCUUAACGGCGACUACAAAGGCGCCAUUCCCGUCCCCGAGGGCUGUUCCCCGUGCAGCGUGGCCGCCCUGCAGGGGGCGGUGGCCUUCUCGGCGGGGGCUCGGCUGUACCUCAUAAGCCCCGACGGGGAGGUGCAGUGGCGCCGGGCGCUGAGCCUGUCCCAGGCCAGCCAUGCGGUGGCUGCGAUGCCCAGCGGGGACCGGGUGGCCGUCAGCGUGUCGGGCCACGUGGAGGUGUACAACAUGGAGGGCAGCCUGGCCACCCGCUUCAUCCCCGGGGGCAAGGCCAACCGCGGCCUGCGGGCUCUGGUGUUUCUGGCCGCCAGUCCCCAGGGCAACUUCGUGGGGUCAGACUGGCAGCAGAACAGUGUGGUGGUCUGUGACGGGCUGGGCCAGGUGAUCGGGGAGUACGGAGGGCCGGGCUUGCACGGCUGCCAGCCAGGCUCCGUGUCUGUGGAUAAGAAGGGCUAUAUUUUUUUGACUCUCCGGGAGGUCAACAAGGUGGUGAUCCUGGACCCGAAGGGGUCGCUGCUAGGCGACUUCCUGACGGCCUACCAUGGCCUGGAAAAGCCCCGGGUGACCACCAUGGUGGACGGCAGGUACUUGGUCGUGUCCCUCAGUAAUGGGACCAUACACAUCUUUCGGGUCCGCUCUCCUGACAGUUAA